CGGGCGGCCCGCGCCCUGCGCGACCUGCUGCCCAGCGCCCCCGCCGCCCGCCUGCUCCUUAUCAACAACGCCGGCUCGCUGGGAGACGUCUCCAAAGCCUUCGUGGAUCUCGCCGACCCCGAUGAGGUCAACAGCUACUUGGCCUUCAACGUCACCUCGGCGCUGUGUCUCACCUCCGCCGCCCUGCGCGCGUUUGGGCAGCGCCCCGGUGCCCGCCGCGCCGUCGUGAACGUCUCCUCGCUGUGCGCCGUGAAGCCCUUCAGGACGUGGGCGCUCUACUGCGGCGGCAAGGCCGCCCGCGACAUGAUCUUCCAGGUGCUGGCGCUCGAGGAGCCCGACGUCCGCGUGCUCAACUACGCGCCAGGUCCUCUGGACACAGACAUGCAGCUCUUGGCCCGGACUAAAACCGGGGACGCUGAGAUGCGUGAGUAUUUCCAGGGCCUCCACGAGCGCGGGCAGCUCAUAGACUGCGACGUUUCCGCUCGGAAGCUGCUGCGGCUCCUGGAAGAGGACACCUUCCCCUCCGGCGCCCACGUGGAUUUCUACGACGUCUGAGC